CCGAAUGCAACGACAACAACAACAACAACAACCGUGAAAACGAAAGUAGACCGACAGAAAAAUGGACAACUGCCCUGUUUGUGGUGAAAAUUCCGUUACAGAGGAUACGGAGAAUGGACGGACUGUGCGAGUUUGCACAGAGUGUGGUGCUAUGGACAAUGAUAUGCAUGAACUGACAUCUGAUGAUCGAUUUGAGGGUACAUCUCUUAGUGACGGUAAAGCCUACGGUCCUAGAGCCAAAGGUACCAAGAAUUGGAUGAAACUUGGAUCCACUGCUUCUGAAAGGCACAAACUAGCUGGUAAAAAUUUAAUAACCAACAUUGGUAAUCAACUUAAAGUCGGUGAACAUAUAAUAGACGAGGCAUGCCAUUUGUAUGAGAAAGUUUUUGAUACAGAACUAUAUAAUACUUUAUCGGACACAAAGAAGGCAAUGUGCCUAGCAUGUUUGUACUCUUCAGCAAGAAUGGCUCACAUUUCUAUCAAUAUCCGAGAGCUGAGCUUCUUUCUAAAUAUAGAAAAAUCUGCGAAAAGAUUUGGAGCAGCAUUGAAAACCUUAAAGCAUAACCAUAAUGUACAUCUACCACCACUAGAUAUUGAAAAUGAGGCUUUUAGGAUUUUAUCUCAAUCAGAUUUAGACAAAGAUAUAGUGAAAAUGGGUAAUCAAAUUAUACAGAUGAUGCAGCGUUUAAUGGUCACGAGCGGUCGAUGCUGUACAUCAUACGCUGUACCAUGUGCUUACUACGCAUUCAAGGCAUCGGACAUUAGCAAGUAUAGAAAGCUUACAUUUAAGGCGUUUUGUAAAAUGUUUAAAUUUAAACUUACCAACAAGUAUUCUUGUCGCUCUGAAAUAGAAGAAGCACUGAAAGCAAUGGCAAAAGAGUUACCAUGGUUGAAAGGAUCUGGUGUAAAGAUUGAUCAUGUUGAAGUUCAUUUGAAGGACAUUAUAAAGUAUCAGACAUCGUUAUUUGUUCAAACAGUUCUUACUGCUGUGAACGAACUGGAAGAAACUGAUAAACAAAUCACUGAGGUAGAUGAAGAACUUUUACUAGAUUCUGUAACUACUUUUCGUAAAUUUCCAAAAAGAAAGCAUGUGGAAGAAACUUCAGAGAACGACAUUGAUACACCUGUAGAAAAGAAGAAGAAAGUUGGUAAAUCUAGAGAAAAACAAAUGAAUGAUGACAGUUCAGAUAUUGAAAAUUUUGAUCUUGGUUCUGAUGAUGAUACUGAUCAAUAUAUAUUAACACCAAAAGAAGUAAAGAAGAAGCAGAAAAUGAACAUAUUCCUUGGUUGUUUAGACGAAGACAAACAUACUGAUAAUGUUGUUGAGGAAACAAGUAAAUCUGUAGAAACUGUCAAAGAAGAAUCAAAUGGUGCAGGUGGUUUUGUCACAGGUGAAAGAAAGGAUGUAGAUAAUGAUGAUGACAAAGUUAAAACUUACAAAGAUGUAAAAGUGGAGGAUGGCAAUGAUGUUAAUGACGGUGUCCAUGAUAAAAGUGAUGACAAUGAUGAUGAUAGUUGUGAUAACAGUGAUUAUAAUAAUGGUGAUAUUGACGAUACUGGUGAAGUGGAAGGAGCCAGUAAUUUUAAUCAUUUGUUAUCAAGAUUAACAAAUAAACCAGAGGGGUAUGAAGAAGUUGCUGGUUCUUGCUCAGAUGAAGAGUUUUAUGACUGAUUAUUGUUAUUUUAUUUGCUCAAAGUUUCAGUUAUACUUGGAUUGUUAUUAAUUCCACAGCAGAUAUACAGAUCUUAAUUUUACAUCUGAUCUCCUUAUCUGUAUUAAUUGAACAAUUAAAUGAUUACUAGAUCUGUAUAAAUUCCACAAUUCAUGUAUACCCAAAUCUUUAUUAAUUUCACAACUGAUAACCAGAUAUGUAUUAAUUCAACAAUUAAUUGAUGACCAGAUCUGUAUAAAUUGAACAAUUUUAUACUCAGAUCGUUAUUAAUUUCACAACUGAUAUCAAUAAAUAUCUGUAUUAAUUCAACAAUUAAUUGAUAUCAAUAAAUAUCUGUAUUAAUUCAACAAUUACUUGAUAAACAGAUUUGUAUUAAUUCAACAAUUAAUUCAUAUCAAUAUCUGUAUUAAUUCAACAAUUAAUUGAUAAACAGAUUUGUAUUAAUUCAACAAUUAAUGAAUAAACAGAUUUGUAUUAAUUCAACAAUUAAUUGAUAUCCUGAUUUGUAUUAAUUCAAUAAUUAACUGAUAACCAUAUCUGUAUUAAUUCAUUAAUUCACUGAUGUCCAGAUCUUCCUACAUUGUAAGUCCAAUAUUCAUGUAUACCCAGAUCUGUAUUAUAAUUCAACAACUAACUGAUACCCAGGUCUUUCUAAAAAAUUCACUUAUGUAAGUUAAUUAUACCUAAAUCUCUACUUAUUCGCAAAUUCAUUUCAAGCACAUUAUACAAAAAUAAUUUGUUUAGUAUUUGAAUUUGAAUGAUAUCAAAUUAUUUCACUGUUAUUAACUAUUUUAUAUAAAACUAUUCACUGAUAUCGAAAAGAUAUUCUACAUUAAAGGCACAUUAAGCCUUAAAAAAUGAUUUUUUUUCUUUAUGUAGAAAGUGCAAAUAUGUUGUUCAAUCAUUAUGUUGUAGGUAUAGAUUUAGAACAUUUCAAUAGCUUAUAAAAAUCAUCUUAAGUAAUGACAUCAAAAUUAUUGUUCUGAUUAAGGUAGCAAAAAUGUAAAGAAACUUGUUUACCAAAUCACUAUAACUGUACAAAUUACCAAAAAAAAAAAAAAAAAAAAAAGAAAAA